AUGGCCAAUCCUAUCCCAGUUUAUGUUGAGGUGUUCUGCACAUACUGCCAGAUCGAUGGACAUGAGGUCGUGAAUUGCCACGCAAUGUAUCAUUACCUCAGCAACAUCCUAAUUGCCACAGAAAUGGACACCAGAAAGGCCGACCAAGGCACACAGCCUGAGGUUAUCAAGAAGACCCUUUGCGUGGCCCACUGGGGUCAGAGCAAGAAGGGUGAGGUCUAA